AAAACAGAAUAUCAUGCAGAUGACGAAAGGGCUUUGGUUUGCGGCGGCAGCUGCGACCACAUUAAUUCUGAAGGCGGACGCUUUCUUGCCGUUGCAGCCUGCGACAAAAUACAGUAGCCAUGUCCUACCAGUACACCUCGCAGCUCUGACACCAACAUCACUGCAGCCACGAACCGGAGCCAUGCGCCCCCUGACAGCUAGCGGGGGCGAUGGCAAUGGCGGAGAAACCACCUACAAGGUCCAGGUCACGGGGAACGUUGAGGUGACGCCCGCGAUGAGGGAUUACGUUGAGAAGAAGCUAGGCAAGGUGCUGGUGAAAAUGCCCGUGCACGACGCCAUCAACAAGGUCGACGUCCAUUUGUCCGUGGUGAAUCUGGCGCACGCGGCGAAACACUCGCACACGGUGGAGGCCACGCUCUUCAUGAAGGGCGGUCAGGUGCUCCGGGCCUCGGAGGAGACGGACUACAUGUACGCCUCCAUCGACCUGGUCUCGCACCGUAUUACCAGGCUGCUGCGCAAGUUCAAGGAUCGCAAGAUCGGGAAGCGGAAAGAGGUGAACUUCGAGGAGGACGGCGAGUCCGACGGGCCUCCUGCCUGA